GGAGUGUGUGACGUCAGGGAGAGAAACAGAGGGAGGAGAAAAGAGGAAGCAGGAUUUUUUGCGAGAAGUUUUUCAUAAGAAAACAAACUUGUAGAAAAGAUAGACCAAAAGUAAAGUUAGGAAAAGAGGGAGCCACACAGAUACAGAUACAUGUGUAGAAUGAGAAGGAGUUAGGAAAGAGAGGAAGUAAGAGAAAACGUAACUUCACACACUUGUGCAGUGUAGUGGAUGAUAGCAUUAAAAAUUAAUUCUGCUUGAGGCCUGGUGCCUGUCGACAAGAAAAAGUCCCUUGAAAGACAAUGACCUCAGACCUGGAUUCCAGUUUGACCAGUAUUGACUGGCUACCACAACUGGGAAUUAGUGGCCUGCGAUCAGGGAGAGAGAGACGAGAGAAAGAAGGGAAGAGAGAGCGUGGGAGGGAGAGAGAAGUUCCCCCGCCCAUCCCUCCAUCUUCCUCCUCUCUGUCCAAAGGGAAGCCCCCCCACAGCUAUGCUACCCUCAUCGCCAUGGCGAUAGAAGCUGCUCCAGAGAGGAAGCUGAGUUUAAAUGACAUUUACACCUGGAUCAGCGAACAGUUCCCCUAUUAUAACAGGGUGGGCAGGGGCUGGAAGAACUCUAUUCGUCACAAUCUCUCUCUUAAUAAAUGUUUCCGUAAAGUUCCAAGGCCUGCAAGUGACCCAGGAAAGGGCUCCUAUUGGACGAUGGACAAACAGGCCGAGCACCCCACGCCAUCGCAGCACAGAGGGACCAAGCGUCCUCACCCGGAAGAGGAACGGGAGGAAGAGAAAGUGACAGCCACACCAGAGAACACCCCAACACCAGCUCCUCGCAGAGACUCCUUGUCCUCCCCUGUCAGUAAGCAAGCACCUCCUCCUCUCCCUCCGCUGGCGUCCCCAGCCUCCGUCCCCUCACACACCUCCUCUGAGCCAUCAUUCCGGUUCUCCUUCGCUGACCUCAACCUUCCGGACCUCUACACCUCCUUCCAGUCCCUGUGUAGGACAGUGAGAGAGCGUGUCUCCUCGCAAUCGGAUAAUGCUCCCUUUGCUGGGAUGCCCAGCGACAGUGCCCCUCUCCACACCCCAACAUUCCCCCCACUGACACCUAACCAGUGCCCCCCUGAGUCGGACAAGUCCGCACCCAGCAACAUGCUACCAGCAGACUGGUUCAGUACCACAGACUCGCUGAAGGAGAGUUUCCGAAUCGCCAGCAGUCUGGACUGGGCCAAUAUUGAUCUUUCAAAUUACCCAGACCUACUGGAGAGCAUGCGUCAGGCGGAGCUCUGUGAUUGGGCCCUGGAUCCCGUGCUCUUCACCUCUCUCUGUGAUUCGCUGAACCGUUUCUUCACAAAAAAUGGGCUCAUAGGCUCUGCCCCCAGCCAUAUCCCCUCCCUGCCUCCGUAUGUAGCUAGCCCUCUUUCUACCCCUCCCACUCUAGCCAGCCUGACUCACCCCUCUCCCCUUAGCUUUCCUUCCUCCCUGCCUCCUGCCACCAGCAACCCUCUUCUCCAGCCUCCAAGACGGGCACUGCCAUCCCAUCAUGCACUGCAGAGGUUGCCUACCACACAGUCAACCCACAUUUCACCUCUACCGACUAACUCGGUCGUACAUCCUCAGCCUCUAGCCCCCACCAGCCGACCCCCAAUGAAGCAUCUCCAUAGCAGCAGUGAGGAGAUCCAGGAUGACUUUGAUUGGGAUUCCCUGAUUGUCUGAGAAAUCACAGGCUUGUUUUGUGCACUGUGUUCACAUUUUAAGAACUAAAAUAAAUAAACACUAUAGUCAAACUACAUUGAUACAAUGGGAGACACAAAAUACAUACAUUAGCACUAAGAAAGAUGUGUUGUUGUUUUUGUAUUUAAAGGCUAAUACAUUUUUGGCAGGGUUUAAAUAUCUUACUUGAGUAACACAUGGUUAUACAUUA